UAUAUAUUUUUUUUAAUCAAAGCAUUCCAGGUUGUAUAUAAACAGAAAUUGUGAAGGUAAAAGAAAACGUUUCAAAGGUCUCGAUAUGGAGACAGAGGAGAAGCAUAACCCUAAUUCUCUUGAGCGUCUCAGACCAAGAGAUACACCCAAAUCCUGGUCCGAGCUUCCUCUAGAUCUCUUGAUUUCUGUUUUCAAACGCCUCAGUUUUGUUAAUUUCCAACGAGCAAAAUCGGUAUGUCCGUCUUGGCACUCUGCUUCCAGACAAUGUGUGCCCAGAAAUCAGAUCCAUUGGCUGAUUCUCUUCCCGGAGGACAACAACAACAACAACGACAACAAUCCGUGCACGUUGUUCAAUCCCGAGGAAAAAGAUAAACUUUACAGAACAAAAGAUCUCUGUCUGGAAUUUGCAAAGAGUUUUUGUAUAGAGACCUACAGAAGCUGGCUCUUGAUGUCCAAUCGUAUGCAUAAUCUCUACAUUGUGAAUCUCUUCACCCAUGAGAGGAUCGAUCUACCUCCUGUGGAGGCACAGCAUGGAGUGACAAAGAUUGAGCGAACCUUGGAUGAUGAUGUGUUUCGCAUUACGAGUCACAACGGAAAGGAGUACAAAGGUAUUCGUCGACGAUCUCCAGUGCUUUGGAUUGAUGAGGAAACCAGAGAAUAUGUUGUGUUAUGGGAACUGCGUGGAUUGUGCGUAGUUUACUCUAGAAAAGGAGAUACCUCUUGGAAUCAAAUUCCUGAUACCUCGAGCUGCUGUGACAUGGUUUAUAAGGACUCCAAGCUUUACUUCUUAAGCUUAUUUGGUCAGUUCAGAAUCUUCGAAUUUUCCUCCCGAGAAUUUCCACAAGAAACCUUUCAGUGUGGGGUUGCUGUGGAAAGAUUUCGGUUAGGUAUCCAACUUCGUCAACGAAGUAAUUCCUGGAGCAUUGUUGCUACAAAACUUGUUGUCACAGCAACAGGGGAAGUUCUCAAGGUUGAGAAACUGUGGAAAUCGAGGUCUGAAACCUGGUCCUUCCGGGUUUUCAAAUUCUAUUCAUCAGGAUUCCUGAAGAAACAUAAUCGGAUUUAUUCUUUGGGCGACGAGUCAAUGCUUUUGGAUCAAGGCAUCACAGUUCUCGCCAAUGACACUGAUGGAUUCAUUAAAAAUUCCGUCUACUUCAGUGAUACUCAUGGAAAGGACGUACAUGGCAUCUUUCUUUUUAAUCUCGAGACACAGAAAACAGAGCUGUUGCACAAAUAUGACUGUUCUUCAGUUCAAUUCUCUAGAGCUAGAUGGUUCUUACCAAGCUUUAGGCAAGCGUGACUGAUCUUUGCUAUGUUCUACUCUUCAAUAAUAUGUUUUCUUAUAUGUUUUUUUUAUAAAUAUGUUGUUUAUUACUCUAUCUAGCGAUUAUCUCAACUAUGUUUCUUGCCAACGAAUCUCCCAAACUAUUUCAGGCUCCCUACUCUAUUUGGUUCUGCAAAGUUGUCAUCACAAGAAACCACUCAUAAUGCUAGUUGACUUUGGUUU